AUGUGCGACACGACUGUGUUCUGGCCCACGUUAACCAACUACUUCUACGGCCCGACAGACGGUCCCGGGGCAGCCGCUGUCACCUGUAAUGCAUUAUGGGUUGAAUUCAACGGACGUGCUAGUGGACUAUGGUCCCUGGGUGCAACGUUCACGUCCACUAUCUAUUCAUCCUAUCUCACGAGCAGCGGGGCUUGUACAACCGAAGUCCGGGGUGAAGACCUUCGCGAUACGCAUACCGGUCCUGUUACCACACUCUGCGAUGGGGCUACACGUGCUCUAGGCCCUCGAGAAUCCAUCACCGAGUACUGGCUAGGUACAGGUCCAUGUAGUUCUUCCAUGGUCACCGAGACCACGACUACAUUGGUCUACCGAUCACCCUUAUCGACUCCUAGCUGCACGCUAAAUACCCAGGAAUGCAUUCCAAUCUGGCAGACUUAUAGCAGUCUGUCGAGCGCAUUUCACUCCCCCGGCACUACUGAAGUUUGGGGGGACAUCAAUAAUCCUAUCAGGCCGGAAAGCUGCCCAUCUACAACAAGAGACUACUCAGAUCCUGAUGUAUGCAAUAAUUGUCAUUAUCUCCUAGGGACAGCAACCGUAUUUUACUGGCCAGUCACCACAACUGGAGCUGUCUGCCUGGAGAACGGAACGAUCAUUCUAGCAACGCAAACGGGAGAUGGACCCAAUACUGCCGUCGUUGACGGCAAUACCUUCAUCUCUCUAAGCGUUUACGUUUCCUUUACUAGCAUCGAGGCACGAAGUAACCAGCGUGCUCACCCUAGUGGCCCCUGUGGUGGGGAGCACGAAAAUGUCAUUAUUUCUGUUGCUCCCGAAGCGAUUACAUCGUAUCGUAGGCAUAGAAACGCGAAAUACCCGAUUAUUGGGACUGCUUACCCUUUCAAUCUCGCCGAGUUCUAA